CUCAUGUUUUUAAACAUAACUUAAAAAUAUCCACCCGGAACGCCAGAGAAAAUGAGGAGAACAAUGUACAAAUAUGGAGUUCUUAUUAUUAACUUUCUUCUCAUUCACGUUACCAUUGGCGAUCCUGAUUUAUUUCCUACCCAAAAUGACUGCUCAGGUGUUAUAUGCAAAACAAAUAAUACAAACCACGAGUGCUGCAUUAAUCAUAAUCCGGAGUCUGGCGGAUCUAACGAGUCUUUCAUACACUCCACAACAGCCGCUGUUUUCUUUGUUGCUGUGAUUGGAUCUCUUGUUACGGUUAUAUUUAUGAUGUUUUUCUGUAAUAAUUGUGGGAAAAUGUGCCGUCAACUUUCAAAUAAAAGUAAUCAAUCAAAUCCAGGGCAAAAUUCAACAGUAAGUACUGUUUCCGCCGGUGUACAGACCAAUGCAGUUGAUACACCUCCCCCUUACGCACUCCAAGACCAAUAUCAUAGGACAAACAACGACGGUGUAGUUGUGGAGCUUGAAAUACCAAGGUGUCCCUCCUACGUGAAAGACCCUCCUCAGUACCAGGAACCUAUGGUUGAUACGUGUAGUGUGCAUUUAGAAGUGGAAAACAGGACAAGAGGAAAUGUAUUUGAAUUUUCGAAUCCUUCUGUCGUUGAUGCUUAAUUUAAUUUUUAGAAUUAAGAUUUACAUUUUAAGAUUUAGGUUUAGGUCAUUAUAUUUUUCAAUUAAUACGAAAUGAAUCAA